AAAUCUUAAUGAAGUAGCUAGCUGUGGAAGAAUCUGGACCCCUAAAUAAAAAUGACUUUCCAAGUGGAAGGACUGAUAGCUAUCAUCGUGUUCUACCUUCUAAUAUUGCUGGUUGGAAUAUGGGCUGCCUGGAGAACCAAAAACAGUGGCAGCUCAGAAGAACGCAGCGAGGCCAUCAUAGUUGGUGGCCGAGACAUUGGUCUGCUGGUGGGUGGAUUUACCAUGACAGCCACCUGGGUCGGAGGAGGUUACAUCAAUGGGACAGCUGAAGCAGUGUAUGUACCAGACUAUGGUCUAGCUUGGGCUCAGGCACCAAUUGGAUAUUCUCUGAGUCUGAUUUUAGGUGGUUUGUUCUUUGCAAAGCCUAUGCGUUCCAAGGGAUAUGUGACCAUGUUAGACCCAUUUCAGCAGAUCUAUGGAAAACGCAUGGGUGGGCUCCUAUUUAUUCCUGCACUAAUGGGAGAAAUGUUUUGGGCUGCAGCCAUUUUCUCUGCCUUAGGAGCCACCAUCAGCGUGAUCAUUAACGUCAACGUGCAAGCUUCGGUCAUCGUCUCUGCACUGAUUGCCACUCUGUACACGCUGGUGGGUGGUCUCUAUUCUGUGGCCUACACCGAUGUAGUUCAGCUUUUCUGCAUCUUCAUAGGCCUGUGGAUCAGCGUCCCUUUCGCCCUGUCGCAUUCUGCAGUUACUGACAUUGGGUACACUGCUCUGCAUGCCAGAUACCAAAAGCCUUGGCUGGGGACCAUUGAAUCAUUUGAAGUCUAUACUUGGCUUGAUAGUUUUCUGCUGUUGAUGCUGGGUGGAAUCCCAUGGCAAGCCUACUUCCAGCGGGUCCUCUCUUCAUCCUCAGCUACCUAUGCUCAAGUGUUGUCUUUCUUGGCAGCUUUUGGGUGCCUGGUGAUGGCUCUACCAGCUAUACUCAUUGGGGCCAUUGGAGCAUCAACAGACUGGAACCAGACUUCAUAUGGGCCUCUAGGUCCCAAGGACAAAAACGAAGCAGACAUGAUCCUACCCAUUGUUCUGAAGUACCUCUGUCCUGUGUACAUUUCUUUCUUUGGUCUUGGUGCAGUUUCUGCUGCUGUUAUGUCAUCAGCAGAUUCUUCGAUCUUGUCAGCAAGUUCCAUGUUUGCCCGGAACAUCUACCAGCUUUCAUUCAGGCAAAAUGCAUCAGACAAGGAAAUCAUCUGGGUCAUGCGAAUCACUGUAUUUGUGUUUGGAGCGUCUGCUACAGCCAUGGCCUUACUAACGAAGACUGUGUACGGGCUCUGGUACCUCAGCUCAGACCUCGUUUACAUCAUCAUCUUCCCCCAGCUGCUUUGUGUGCUCUUCGUCAAGGGAACCAACACAUAUGGGGCUGUGACAGGUUAUGUGUCUGGCCUUUUCCUGAGAAUAACCGGCGGGGAGCCAUAUCUGUACCUACAGCCCUUGAUCUUUUACCCUGGUUAUUACUCUGAUAAGAAUGGCAUAUAUAAUCAGAGAUUCCCAUUUAAAACCCUUGCCAUGGUUACCUCGUUCUUAUCCAACAUUUGCAUCUCCUAUCUAGCCAAAUACCUAUUUGAAAGUGGAACCUUGCCGCCCAAAUUAGAUGUGUUUGAUGCUGUUGUCGCAAGGCACAGUGAAGAAAACAUGGAUAAGACAAUUCUGGUCAAAAAUGAAAACAUUAAGUUGGAUGAACUUGCACCUGUGAAACCCCGACAGAGCAUAACUCUCAGCACCACUUUCACCAAUAAGGAGGCCUUCGUUGACAUUGACUCCAGCCCAGAAGGCUCUGGGAUUGAAGAUAACUCAUAAUGACCCCAUCCAAAUAAAAUAUUGCUUUCACAAACAGAGCACUACAGCAGGCUAGUCUCGGUUGCAGCAUAUAAAAAAUAUACUUUAAAAACAAACAGCAUUCAGGAAGACAAAAAUCCAUAUAAAAGUGCAAUUGCAAAAAUGCAAGCCAAGCUAGAAGGAAGCAUCUGUGAAAGCAACAGCUUGCUUUCUCAUCGAUAUUUCUCAUCCUCAUUUGAUCCUGACUCUAGUUAGUUUUGUUAAGUAUUCAAAAUUGAAUUAAGACCUGCUCAAAGAACAGAGGGCCAAACAGAGUAUUUAUUCUGAAAAAAAGAAGUAGAUACAAAACGAAAGAGCCAAGGAAAUUAGGUGGACUUGAUCCAGACCUUGUCUGCUAAUGCACUAGUGGGUCUAGUUUACUGUCGCAGUGAAGUCAGGAGAGGAACUUGCCAUUACUCCAAUGAAUGGUGCAACAAACUAACCACUGAUUGUCCUGAUAUGAUGAUUAAUCCUUUCUUUCAUGUUCUUAACUAGAACAUUUGCUGAAUAUGCAAUUCGUUUCUCUUUUUGUAGUGGCACGUAUUAUUCUGAGCACAGACAAAG